AUGAAGACAGUCUGCACGUUGGGGACUCCAGCAAACGAAUGGGGUUUCUUCAGCAGCACUACAAGAAACACAAUGAGCAGUCAGCGACUGGAGAGAUUCAUUGCUUUUUGGACAUUAGUUUUCAUAAGGAUAGUUACUGGGCUUUCUGGAGAGGGAAGAUCUGUGUGGAAAAAGGACCCCAACUUCAGCCCUGUGAGUGAAACACAGAUGUUUUUGUACGACACUUUCCCCAGAGAGUUUCUCUGGGGUGUUGGAACAGGGUCUUUUCAGGUUGAAGGCAGCUGGAGGAAGGACGGGAAAGGCUCCUCCAUCUGGGACCACUUCAUCCACUCAGAGUUCAGGGCUGCUAACAGCACAGAUGCCUCCAGUGACAGUUACACCUUGUUGGACAAAGACUUGUCUGCUCUGGAUUUUUUGGGUGUUACUUUUUACCAGUUUUCAAUUUCAUGGUCAAGGCUUUUUCCCACUGGAGUGGUAGCAGCUCCCAAUGAAAAAGGACUCCAGUAUUAUAACACCCUUAUUGACUCUCUGCUCUACAGAAACAUUGACCCUGUGGUUACGCUAUACCACUGGGACCUGCCCUUAAUGCUGCAGGAAAAAUACGGGGGAUGGAAAAAUGAAUCAGUAAUUGAUAUCUUCAAUGACUACGCCACCUUUUGCUUCCAGACCUUUGGGGAUCGUGUUAAGUAUUGGAUUACAAUCCACAAUCCUUAUUUAGUUGCUUGGCAUGGGUAUGGCACAGGUAUUCAUGCUCCUGGAGAGAAAGGGAAAAUAGCAACCGUCUACUCUGUAGGACACAAUUUGAUCAAGGCUCAUGCAAAAGUUUGGCACAACUACAAAACCCACUUUCAACCAUACCAGAAGGGGAUGAUGUCCAUUGUACUAGGAUCCCACUGGAUUGAACCUAACAAAUCAGAAGAUGCUUUGGACAUUGCUAAAUGUCAAGAGUCUAUGGACAGAGUUCUCGGAUGGUUUGCUAAACCUAUUCAUGGGGACGGUGAUUAUCCAGAAGAACUGAAAAGUGAAUUCUCGUUUUUGCCACGCUUUACUGAGAAUGAAAAGAACUACAUAAAGGGAACAGCUGACUUCUUUGCAUUUUCCUUCGGUCCUAAUAACUUUAAACCUCCAAACACUCUACCAAAAAUGGGACAAAAUUUGUCACUCAAUUUGAGGGAAGUACUGAACUGGAUUAAACUGGAAUACAACAGUCCUCGAAUCCUGAUUGCAGAGAAUGGCUGGUUUACUGACAGCCAUGUGAAAACAGAUGACACCACAGCCAUCUAUAUGAUGAAAAACUUCAUUAAUAAGGUUUUACAAGCUAUUAAGUACGAUAAAAUAGACGUGUUUGGUUACACAGCCUGGUCACUCCUUGAUGGCUUUGAAUGGCAACAUGCUUACAACAUCAGGCGUGGAUUGUUUUAUGUGGAUUUCAAAAGUGAAAAAAAGGAAAGGAUUCCCAAGUCAUCUGCACUUCAUUAUAAACAAAUCAUACAAGAAAAUGGCUUCUUCCCAAGGGAGUCUACCCCAAGCCUGCAAGCACAGUUCUCAUGUGACUUCUCCUGGGGUAUCACCGAGUCUGUUCUCAAGGCAGAGUCUGUGGCUUCCUCACCGCAGUUCUGUGAUUCCAGCCUGUACCUCUGGAACGUCACAGGAGAUGGGCUCCUGCACAAAGUUAAGGGGGUGAAGCUAAAAACACGACGAGCGCAGUGCACAGAUUUUGUCAGUAUUAAAAAGCAACUUGACCUCCUGGAAAAAAUGAAAGUCACCCAUUAUAGAUUUGCACUUGACUGGUCACUCAUUUUACCCAAUGGAGAUUUGUCAGUGGUCAACAGGCAAGUUCUUAGGUAUUACAGAUGCGUGAUUAGCGAAGUACUGAAACUCAACAUUCAAUCCAUGGUCACCUUGUAUUAUCCAACUCACGCCUACCUGGGCCUGCCAGGUCCAUUGCUGCAGACAGGAGGAUGGUUGAACCAGUCUACUGCCUAUGCUUUUCAAGACUAUGCAGCUCUGUGUUUUCAGGAACUUGGUGAUUUGGUUAAACUCUGGAUUACAAUAAAUGAGCCUAACCGGCUAAGUGAUGUCUACAACAGGAGCAGCAAUGAUACAUACCAAGCAGCACACAAUUUAUUAAUAGCACAUGCCAUGGCCUGGAGAAUAUAUGAUGAGCAGUACCGGUCGUUUCAGUAUGGCAAAGUGUCCCUGUCCCUGCAUUCAGACUGGGCUGAGCCUGCCAACCCCUACUCUGAAUCCCAUUCAAAAGCUGCCAACAGGUUUCUUCAGUUUGAAAUAGGCUGGUUUGCCAAUCCCAUAUUUAAAACUGGGGACUAUCCAGCUACUAUGAAGGAAUACAUCAGCUUUAAAAACAGAAAUGGCCUUUCAUACUCUUUGUUGCCAUCUUUCACAAGCAAGGAAAAGCAGCUCAUCAAAGGUGCAGCUGACUUCUAUGCCCUGAAUCAUUUCACCACCAAUUUUGUGGCUCAUGAACCUCAGAAUGGAAGCCAGUAUGAAUCUGAUCGUGACAUUCAGUUUCUGCAGGAUAUCAACUGCCUGAGCUCCCCUUCUCGUCUGGCAGUGGUGCCUUGGGGACUACGCAAAGUUCUCAGGUGGAUUAAAAACACCUAUGGCGACAUCGAUAUUUACAUCACGGCAAACGGAAUAGAUGACCAGUCCUUAGACAAUGAUGAACUUCGAAAUUAUUACUUGGGAAAAUAUGUACAAGAGGUUUUAAAAGCAUACUACAUUGAUAAAGUCAAGAUUAAAGGCUACUAUGCAUUUAAGAUGACUGAAGAAAAAUCUAAACCCAGAUUUGGAUUCUUCACUUCAGAUUCAAAGGGGAAGCCUUCAAUAAAAUUCUACAAUAACCUGAUAAGCAACAAUGGCUUUCCUGCUGACCUACAGUUUUCAGCCUGCAACCCUUCCAGACAAGAAAAGCAGUGCACCUUUUGCUUGUUCAUCUCUCAGAGGAAGCCAUUAAUAUUCUUUACCUGCUGCCUUUUCUCUACCCUUAUCUUGCUUUUAACCAUUAUUUUUUUUCACAAAAGAAAAAGAAGAAAACGUUUUAAGGCAAAAACCAUGUGGUGAAUCUGUGUUUCAUUUUAAAAAGAGGA